AAAAGCCAUUGGGCAUCAUCACGUAGCGUCUUAUAGUCCUCAGUUAUGCUGUUUAAAGAUGAAACUUCAUUAAAAAUGCUGCACUAAGUUAAACGAUGCUGAAACUAAACUAAUUUGAAAUAUUCGUAGAAAUUCGCAAACCAACUAUUGAUAUAAAGAUUAAGUUAUCACACGAUCUAGUGGACAGUUAGAGUAAAACUUUACUGCAUAGGUGCAUAAAUUGUAUUUGUGUGUUGAUAUGUAAGCCACAAGUUGCCAUAUACGUACUAUGUAUGUAUUUAGCGAAUAUUAUGUAUGCAAAUAUUUAUUCGCCGUGAUAAGAGAGAACUUGAAAAUACGAUGAACUUCUGAUCAACAAAAUAGCUACCUUAUAGCCAUCUUGCGUCUGGUAGCCAUAUGAGCAAACAAUUCCAGCGAAUUCUGCGCCAUUUGAUUACCUUUCUCGCCUUGAGCGUAUGUAUAUCAACGCUUGUUGCCGCCGUGGGCAUCUUAAUAAGUUAUUAAACGUUGCAACGACAAGAUCGCCAAGAGAAAAGUUCACAACCAAGUUCAUUGAAUACGGGUAUUUAGCAAAGAUAAAAAAAAAAAAUUUUAGCAGUGGUGAAAUUAUAUUCGAAAAAUAACAAAAUACAGAACAAAAAUGUUCACCCCAAAACAUAAAACGAAACUGUACCUCCAUACAAUUGGAUUACUACUGAUCAGCUAUAUCGGCGCAUGUAGCUCAUCUCAGCCACCUUAUCAGGUAUCGCUCUAUGUAUCACUACAUCCGCGCGCACCGCCGAUACACUAUUGUAAUGGUGUAAUUGUGCAGAGUCAUUUGGUGUUAACCACCGCCAGUUGUACCUUCUAUCAGUCGUCUGUGAUUGCAGCGAGUAGUACAUCGCUGGUGCCUAUACCAACGGAUAAGAUUAGUGUUGUGCCAGGUGCUGCGGGGACUUAUAAUGUGAUGAAUACCUUCAAUGUGUUAGAGAUUAAUAUUGCGAAUGGUUUCAAUAGCACCACAUUGGCGAAUAAUUUGGCGUUGCUACGGUUGGAUACGGCAUUGCCGUUGGGUCAACGCGAUGACGUUCAAUGGAUCAUACAGGAUGAUUAUGAGUAUGAGACGAAAGGAUUGUAUAUGGCUGCAUUUCCGUCUCUAAAUACAGAUCCGAACAUCAUGCAACUGGAGCGUGUUCGAAUAUUGCCCAAUGAGCGAUGCAUACAAGCGAAUGAGUUGACGGAAAUCAUACGCAAACAAGACAUUUGUGCGCUAUAUCCACAAACAUACGCAGUUGGGCCAGAUUGUGAGUUUCCCGCCGAUUAUGCUGCAUUCAACUCUGACUACGGUACUGGACUUAUAAUCCGUAGUCACUUGGUUGCCUUAUUUUCACACACAAUUUCCACUACCUCCAACCAAAAUGCGGCGAAUAACUGUGACGAAGAACAAUCGCUUAAAGCUAUUUUUACUACUGUAGGGCCACAUUUGGGAUGGAUUUAUGGGAUUAUUGCGAGUGAGGAAAUGUUGACUUUAAAUGAAAAAGAUAUAAUGCAUUCGGCGCCUUAUCAGCAACACAGCAGUAGCGCUAUUCAGUAUAUCUUAUCAAGUUCAGCAGCAGAGUCAACGUCGUCAUCUAUUGGAACAACAAUAGCAACAACCAGAACGAAUAUACCAAUCACGAUAAAGGCUGGCGAACUUCUGGCUAAUCCAAGCGGUACGGAAGUCUAUUCGUCGCAGUCGUUGACCGUGAAUGGAUCAUAUAAAGCUGUAAAUAUUCAAUUUGUGACAUUACGUAACAUUUUGCUUUUGCUGAUAGCCGCAUACAGCAUAAAUUGAGUGUACAUAUAUUUUAAAAACUUACAUUCACUCACUUUUCAGAUAGGUAUGGCUAGUGAUAGUCGUAAAUAAUUAUACAUAAUUUUUAGUGUUCUAUAAGACUGACGAGCAACGAGAUAUUGAAUUAAUAAAGUAAAAAUUCAUUUAACUUUCAUUAAAUUAGUAUGUACGCAUGUAUUUAUAUAAUUUUAUUUUUACAAUUAGACAAUGCAGUAAAUACUUGAUUUCUAUUUAUCUAUAUUUACACUCAAUCUUAAUAACGUAUGUAUAUAAUAAUUGUCAACUUACACUAACAAGACUCUAUGCUACAUAGUUAUUAUUGAAAAGGGAAAUAGUUGUUUCAGAUUUAAAAUAAAAAGCUAUUACACAUACAUA